UUGUUUUUGUUUACCUUGUUGAAAGGGUCCAUAAUAACAUGUCAGUGUGAAACCUGGCUGCAGAGGCAGUGGGCUUCUCUGGAAGAGGAAUAUCAAGAGCUCUGGAUGCCCUGCCAACGACCUCCUCCAACAGACGGGGCAGCUCGUCCCCUGUGGGGCUGACUGCACAGGGCUGCGCACAAGGUAGCCCCUCUCCUUCAGACGAGAGAACAGUCUCAACCUCCUCCUCCACAACAGCGAGGACUCCCCGCGCACCCUGGCUACUCUUCCCAUCUUCCUCGCUGGCCCAUCGGAAACAGGAGAACCCGCACGUUUAGAAGAGAAAAAAACAACAACGGGCCUCCCUGGUGUGUACAGGCAUAAGAAGACAAUUCAUGCACAACUGGGGGGUGUCCCUCGCCAAAAUUGCAUGUUGAUGGCCCAAACACACAACACACACCUAUCAUGGCCAUCCUCCAUAGGCAUAGAAAUGCCACAACCAAGGCAUUUGUGGCCCUGAUGGUGCUCCAUAUUGGAAGCGGGGCCAGCGGAAAGACGCUCCGUUUACAGCCACAGACGCACGUGAAUAGGGAAGAGGCCAAAGCCACCUGUGUGCUACGAGCUAAAACUGGCUAGCGCAGUACACAGGCUGUUCCUGAGUGCGCUAGCGGGCAGCAGCAUGGGCAAUACAGUGCAGGAACGAGGCAUCUACCGACACAGCGGCAGCCGCACCUAUACUUACCUGUAGACACGUGUCACGCCGAAACUAAUCAGCCGUGACAACGAGAAACGUGACGUCAGGAGCCAGCUGGAGUACAGCUCACUAGUUCCACUGACGAGGUCUCUGGCCGUACAAAAACAGGCUCAGGAAUCACCGCUGCAAUUCUCACUAACCGGAGCACGAAGUUGGGCAAUCCGAGAGAUGACGAGGAAGCUAGCUGGAAUGGAGUUCACCCACCUCGACCGACCGGAGCCAGCGCCGGUGCGUAAGCCGUGGGUUACUCGCGCAAUACACCGACAGGACAGGCACAGCCUUUGCUAGCAGCCAGGAACCGAGCGAGGACACUGGGUAUGACUGAGUAAGUUGUAAUUUGUAAUGGUGCCGCGACACUCGCCACCUCCGAACUUCAGACAAACAAACUUUGGCGAGGGCUUCUGCGGAUAGACUCCCGCGAGCCCGCAGUGUCACACCACCGAGAGCCGGACACCGGCUUGAGAAGCUGGAACGGAAAGUUCACUCGCUUACAGCUGACCGAAGCCUGCCAAGCAAGGAUUCCCGGACAACGCGUGAGCCACGGGUUACGUGUCGUGCACAAUACGCUAGCGAGGGAUUUGACCACCUUCAAGCCAAGAAGGAGGAUGAAAAAGCUACAACAAUCCAGGGGCUGCCCAUAGACAGACGCCCAAUCCAAGACUGACGCAUUUAUCCAAAGCCACUUACAGCAAUAAUAUAACAUUGAAUUGCUUCUUAUGGUCCCCUGGCCUGUGCAUUUGAAUCGUUUCCUAAAAAAGAAAGUCCUGUUCUAUGGACAGAUGCACUGAAACAAUUGUUCUUGCCUAAAUCACCACUUUUACAGUGAUCCAGGAAGUCAUUUUUCCCUUUAAAGGGCAUUUUCCAAGGUGUACAUCCGGACAUGUUAAUGACACUUCUGUUCAGAUUUAUGGAGUUGCCUGCCUCACAUCCAUAAGUAGCUCCAUUUUUUUGAUCCAUCAGAAUGUGUUCAUACACCAAAAUGUACAUAAUCAAAUGCGUCUCAGACCACCUGGGCAAGUGGUUUGAGUGAUUGAAUCACAGUGUGUCUUGGUCCUUUGGGGCUGGGGUGGUUUGAUUCCCAAACCCGCCACUGCAAGUGUGUGUCGCUUUGGAUAAAAGAGUCUGCUGAAUAUCAGGCAACUUUAUCUUUGGUCCUUGUUUACGCUUGUAUUAAGCACUGUCCACUUAUGAUGAGAUGACCAAACACACAUUUUAAAAAUGAAAACAAAGUAUAAGGUCCUUUUUUCUUGUAAGUGACUGGCUCACAUGUUUUUUUAAAUUAAAUACCAGUAUAACCAAGUGGAAAAACUGAUAAAUUGGCAGAUUACACAAAAUUUGAGGAUCUGUAUGACAACGGACUCAAAGGACUCAAGCCCAAGUCAAAGGCUGAAUCUUUUGUAAAUCUGAGAUUGUUUACUGACUCCACAUAUUGUAAAAAAUAAAUAGCUGAAGCAUUGCUGGUGGAUUGUUAUGGUAACAGCCAUCUCAGGAAUGCGGAAAGACUAGUUUAGAUCACGACUCCUAUAGUCAAGCACUUCUGAGCAAAAUACCAACUAAAUUUGCAAUAACAUGAGAUAUUGGAGCAGGAUGGUUAUAUCACUUUAAGCCACGUUUUUGGGCCCCUGGUCCAGCAUGGGACCCCCACUACAAGGCCUUUGGGCCCCUGGUCCAGCAUGGGACCCCCACUACAAGGCCUUUGGGCCCCUGGUCCAGCAUGGGACCCCCACUACAAGGCCUUUGGGCCCCUGGUCCAGCAUGGGACCCCCACUAUAAGGCCUUUGGGCCCCUGGUCCAGCAUGGGACCCCCACUAUAAGGCCUUUGGGCCCCUGGUCCAGCAUGGGACCCCCACUAUAAGGCCUUUGGGCCCCUGGUCCAGCAUGGGACCCCCACUAUAAGGCCUUUGGGCACUGAUGUCCAUGUUCAUGUGGGGUUUGUGUUCGCUCAGUGGACCAUUUGGACUCUUAGAGACUGAAGAGGAAAUGGAAACCUUGAAUACAAAAACAAUCUGUGAACAGAUGAACCUGGAAAGACCAGUUAACAUACUUCAAGCCCAUGGACACACCCAGCCAGGUCAGGCAUUCUAAAAAGGCUGUUUGGAUUUAUCUUAUAACAGCAUACAGAAUGAUCACAGUGUGUUCCAGCCACUUUAAUGCUAAUCUAAUCCCACCCCUUUAGAUAAAGUUGCUGUCACUCCUCCUUAUCCAUGUGGCAGCCACUCCUUCUGAUGAUAAUACAGGAAACCAAAAGUGACCUUUCACACUGCUGUCUCCUCUCCUGCUGUGUGUGAUCGGGACGAAACAUGGCGCACACUUCAGCCAAAAGACAGGAGUCUUUCACUUGUCCAGUUUGUCUGGAUCUGCUAAAGGAUCCAGUCGCCAUUCCAUGUGGACACACGUAUUGUUUGGGCUGCAUUAAAGGCUGCUGGGAUCAGGAGGAUGGUAAAGGCAUCUACAGCUGCCCCCAGUGCAGACAGACAUAUAGGCCAAGACCUGCACUCAGUAAAAACACUCUGAUUGCUGAGAUGGUGGAGGACUUCAGGAAGACUGGACUCCAGGCUACUACUUCUGCUAAGUAUUCUGCUGGACCCAAAAAUGUGGAGUGUGACGUCUGCACUGGGAGAAAACUCAAAGCUGUGAAGUCCUGUCUGGACUGUCUGUUGUCUUACUGUGAAAGUCACCUCAAAGUUCACAAUGAUGUGAAUCCAGGUAGAAAACAUUCAGUGGUUGAUGCCACAGGCCAGCUGCAGGAGAGGAUCUGCUCACGUCAUAAGAAGGUGCUUGAAAUAUUUUGUCGUACCGAUCAGAGUUGUAUCUGCUAUCUGUGCACGAUGGACGAACAUAAAGGCCAUGACACAAUCACAGCUGAUGCAGAAUGGGAAAACAAACAGAAGCAGUUGGGGCAGACCCAGAGAAGAUUCCAGCAGAGAAUCCAGGAGAGAGAGAAGGAGCUGCAGGAGCUGAGGAAGGCUGUGGAGACUCUCAAGAGCUCUGCACAGACAGCAGUGGAGGACAGUGAGAGGAUCUUUACUGAGAUGAUCCGCUCCAUUGAGAGAAGGCGCUCUGAGGUGACAGAGCUGAUCAGAGCUCAGGAGAAGGCUGAGGUGAGUCGGGCUGAAGGACUCCUGAAGCAACUGGAGCAGGAGAUUGCUGAGCUGAAGAGGAGAGAUGCUGAGCUGGAGCAGCUUUCACACACAGAGGAUCACAUCCAUUUCCUCAAGAAUAUUCCAUCAUUCAGAAAAUCUCCUCGCUCUAAAGACUUACCCAGCAUGACCUCCAACCAAAGUUUCUCUUUUAAGGCUGUGAAGGAAUCUGUCUCUGCAGUGAAGAAGCAGCUGAAGGAGAAACUGGAUGGCAUCUUCAAGCAGGAAGUAGCCAAGAUAUCUGCAGCAGUGGCGCAUAUCCAGAUCAUCCAGUCUUUACAAUGUGAGUUACAUGCCAUGUACAUGCCCUUCUACAGCUGAAACAAAACCUCCUUUCAGAGAUAACAGGCCUGUUACAGAUACUAAAAGGAAACAUUUUCCAAAAAAGUGGAGUACAGAUGAAGAUAAUA